UAAUAUUUCCCACAUUACGAUAAUUAGAAAUGAGUAAACCUGAAAAAAGCGGAAGCUUACAUCACUUGGUCGAGGCUACUUACUUAGCUCACAAAAAAGAUAUUAGGGAUUAUGCUUCUGGUCACUUAAAUCCGGAUAAAUUAGUAAAACUGCCCGUUAAGGAUGACUUUGCUUCACAUGUGCCAUGGAAAAGCUCUCGAAUGGUUGAUGAGAAGAAUGAAAAUCCUUUUGCUAGAAUUGCAGAGACUCGAAAAAACGCAGAUCAUAUGUUAGUUAAUAAAGUGGAAUGGAUGAAAAAUGCACUGUUGGAUUUCAGUGUAGGUACAGUGGGAACAUUGCCUGAAACAAAAGGCACAAAAAAGAAAAAGAUUAAGCGCAAAAAAUCAAGGCAAUUUCCACUACGGGGCACAAAGGCUGAAAACAAGCUCGAGUCAUUGGUUUUGUCAGAAAUUGCCAAGCUAAUGUCGGAGCCAGAUGGACCAUUUGCGCUAGAACAAUCAACUCCAAAGCCAGAUCAGAGCACUGCCAAAGAAGAGCCAAAAACACCCGGCAGAAUUCCAAGAAAGAAGUAUGUCGUGCCAUAUGGAUCCAAGUAUUCGAGCACUUUGACAGAAGAGAUUAAAUUGCCUGAAUUAAUGUUGCCUGCAGUUGACGAAGCUGUGAGAGUACCUCCUUCAUUAAAAGAUCCACACCCUUCCAUCAAACAGCAAAUACAUGAAAUAACCGAUAAAAAAUUUGUCACAACACAUUUUGCAGGAAUUACCAGAAAAGAUCGGUUUAAUAAAAUUCUGGAUUUUGACAGAAAUGUUUUACAUCGAUAUGAGACAAUGGAAAAGAAUGUAAGAGACGGACACAGAGCAGCGGACCAUUUGGAACAAAAACUCAUUAGAAAACUACUGGAGUUAAACGACCCAAGUAAACAAGUUAAUUCGCUUAAUUUUGAACGAUUGCAAGCUUAUGGUGAAGUAUGGCAUGAUUUAUGCUUGGAUUCAUCAAUUUUUGGUCCCAUUUUAUCAGAAACUAAGGAUGAAUAUGACAGAUAUCUAUCAGACCUUCUUGAUGAAAUGAAAGCAACAAAUCAUACCGAACUUUUGUCCUGCUUAAAUGCUGCCAACGGAAUGACAGGAACCAAUGAAGAAGAUGUUGAAACACUGCAAAAUACUGUAGAAGAUUUAGAAGAACAAGGUAGGCAAGGUCUUUUGAAAAAUGCUGAAUUACACAAAGAAAUUGAGAGAGAACGUGCACUUAUUGAAGAAAGAAAAAGACAACAGGAAUUAGAGGAAGAAGAGAACAGGAGAAGAUUAUUACCCAGUAAAACUUCAAGUAAAAAAACUGUCACUAUGCAAAGUACGAGACAAGCAUCAGCAAAGAGAGAGAAAAACACCGAAAAAAGGUUACAAGAUCUCCGUGCAGAUAUAUGGGAAAGGUUAGACAGUAUAUCUGAAAAACAACAUGAACUGAAGUCAGAAUUUGUGCCAAAAACUUUGCAUAGAAAUCUACAACAUGCCGUACAAGAUACAGAAAAUGAAAUGCAAAAACUGAUGCAACAAAACGAAUAUUUAACAAAAAACAUGAGAAUACAACAAGAGUCACUAGAAGCUGAUUUAGCAAAAUUCGACUCCCUCAGCAAAGAAAACAUUAACGAGGUUUUAUUAGAAUUAGGUGUUUCAUAAUUUAAGUUUUGUGUUUAUUUUAGUUUCCAUUUAAAAACCGGUAAUAAUGAUUGAGUCGUUUAGUUGAAAUAAAAUUAAGGUAUAAGAUAAUGUGACUGUUCAAAUUUUAAUCAAAAUUUGUAACUCAGAGAUAUCAUUGAAACUUCAGUUUUUUUUUAGAAGAUAAAAUAAGAAUAGCACACUGCAGCGUAGUAAAUUGCUUUUUUUUCGAUUUCCAUAAACUCAAACAAAAACAUAAAUUAUAUGCACUGCCGAACGGGAAGUGAAUUUUCCACCUUUUUAUAUAAUUCUUUCUAUGCCAAUGUACAACCGAUUAGUUGAACUUGAAUAACUAUACACGUCUAUUCUAUCAGAAUGUUUGAAAAUAACAUACAACUGGACUAU